AUGAAUAAAGCUCUGCGAGUUCAAAAUAUUGACCUAUUUUUUCUCCUACGAUUUUCCAUUCGUGAUCUCGAACGACAAUUGAAACAACAUAAAUGUGUAUCUUGUCUUCAUCUUUACCAAGGUCAACUAAUGUCGAUCGAUAAAUUAAAAGUAUUGAAAGAUUCUAUCGGACAAUUGAUACCAAUCAACACAUUUCUCUCGACAACUAUCAAAUUGCAAGUAGCUCUUGCCCUUUUAACAACUUCUACUCCUUUAGAUGGCAUAGAACGAGUGCUAUUCGAAAUAGUUACCGAUGGUCGACUUGAAAAUGUCAGACCAUUCGCUAAUGUGAAACUACUCAGUUAUUUUCCACAAGAAGAGAGAAGGUCAUUAUCAUGUUGGGAUCAAUCUUUCGACUGGUAA